AUGAUAUGGCGAAUUGACAGCACACGGACGCAAAUGCGUGUUUUGUUGGUAGUUCUGAUUCCCUUGGUUCGGAGAAUAGACCGUGUUCUAAGACAGCCAGCAAAAGCGAAGACGUGUGUAACCUAUGUUCACUGGCAAAUGAAAGCAGCACAAAGAAGAACGAGUCUGAAGAAGUGCCUCAAGGAUCUUCGCGAAUAUAGUAUUCCACUAGCAGUCUUGCUGAGCGAAGACGGGACUCGCACCUCUUCUCGUCGUGAGAUAGAAAUCAUUACGGAGAGCCCGAUCAUCCUCACUGGUGAAGCUCCUCCACGGAUUCUCCCUUCGGAAGCGCAAAUCGCUAUCAAAAGCAUGAAAUUUGGAACAGCCUCGGACCCGAUUUUAUAUCAACAGACUUUCUUCGGGCUGGUGGCCAUCGGCUUCAUGUAA